AUGCUCUUCUCAAAGCUCACUAUCAUCUCCGCUCUUGCGGCCUUCGCUGCUGCUCAGGACACUGACUUCGACUUUGACAACAUCCCCGCGGAGUGCACUGACGUCUGCGCACAAGUCGGUUCAAUCACCAACGGUUGCAAGAACGACAGCAACGACGACUCAUCCGCCGUCCUCCAGUGCAUCUGCACAGCCAACAACGCAAACCAGUUGAUCCCACAGUGCGAGGCCUGCGUCAGGCAGUACAACGGCAACGACAACGACGACGGCAGCGACCAGUACCGUCUCCUCACCGACUGCGCAUACCAGACCACCACCGUAGUUGGAGGAGGCGCUGGCGCAGUCCAAACAACGGCCGUCGACACCAACACCGUCACUGACACAAACACCGUCUCUGUCACCUCCGUCAUCCAGACCACUUCGGUAGCUGUCAUUGUCACCACCGGUAGCGACGGCCUCGUUGCGACCACCACCGAGACAGACACCGACACCAACACUGUCCCUGCCGAGACUAGCAACCCUGCUGCUAUGAAGACUGCCGGCGCCGCCAUGGGUAUUGGUGCUCUUGGACUCGCUCUUGGUAUGUUGUAA